CCCGAGCGGCGCAGAUAGGGAGGUUGGGGCUGUGCCCCGCGGCGCGGCGCCCGCCACUGCGCAGGCGCCUCAGGAAGAGCUCGGCCUCGCCCCUCUUCCUUGAGGUUCCCCUUCCCCGCAACUUCCCACGAGUGCCAGGUGCCGCGAGCGCCGAGUUCCGCGCGUUGGAAAAAAGCGGCGGCGGCGGCUGGUGAGUACGCGCCUGGCGCGCUCGGCGUUCUGUGGGGCAGUGUCACCCCCUCCCCAGUCCACGAGGGGCUUUGAAAAUAGAGAUGGAACCCUGAUUGCUGUCGUUCAACGUGUUCAUUAUGAAGUUAUUAGUAAUACUUUUGUUUUCUGGACUUAUUACUGGUUGUAGAAGUGACUCUUCCUCUAGUUUGCCACCUAAGUUACUACUAGUAUCCUUUGAUGGAUUCAGAGCUGAUUAUCUGAAGAACUAUGAAUUUCCUCAUCUCCAGAAUUUUAUCAAAGAAGGUGUCUUGGUAGAGCAUGUUAAAAAUGUUUUUAUCACAAAAACAUUUCCAAACCACUACAGUAUUGUGACAGGCUUGUAUGAAGAAAGCCAUGGCAUUGUGGCUAAUUCCAUGUAUGAUGCAGUCACAAAGAAACAUUUUUCUGACUCUAAUGACAAGGAUCCUUUUUGGUGGAAUGAGGCAGUACCUAUUUGGGUGACCAAUCAGCUUCAGGAAAACAGAUCAAGUGCUGCUGCUAUGUGGCCUGGUACUGAUGUACCCAUUCACAAUACCACCUCUUCCUAUUUUAUGAAUUACAACUCCUCAGUGUCAUUUGAGGAAAGACUAAAUAAUAUUACUAUGUGGCUAAACAAUUCAAACCCACCAGUCACCUUUGCAACACUCUAUUGGGAAGAACCAGAUGCAAGUGGCCACAAGUAUGGACCUGAAGAUAAAGAAAACAUGAGCAGAGUGUUGAAAAAAAUAGAUGAUCUUAUCGGUGACUUAGUCCAAAAACUCAAGAUGUUAGGGCUGUGGGAAAAUCUUAAUGUGAUCAUUACAAGUGAUCAUGGGAUGACCCAGUGUUCUCAGGAUAGACUGAUAAACUUGGAUGUCUGCAUCGAUCAUUCAUACUACACUCUUAUAGAUUUGAGCCCAGUUGCUGCAAUACUUCCCAAAAUAAAUAGAACAGAGGUUUACAACAAACUGAAAAACUGUAACUCUCAUAUGAAUGUUUAUCUCAAAGAAGACAUUCCUAACAGAUUUUAUUACCAACAUAAUGAUCGGAUUCAGCCCAUUAUUUUGGUUGCAAAUGAAGGCUGGACAAUUGUGCUAAAUAAAUCAUCACAAAAAUUAGGUGACCAUGGUUAUGAUAAUUCUUUGCCUAGUAUGCAUCCAUUUCUAGCUGCCCACGGACCUGCAUUUCACAAAGGCUACAAGCAUAGCACAAUUAACAUUGUGGAUAUUUAUCCAAUGAUGUGCCACAUCCUGGGAUUAAAACCACAUCCCAAUAAUGGGACUUUUGGUCAUACUAAGUGCUUGUUAGUUGACCAGUGGUGCAUCAAUCUGCCAGAAGCCAUCGCAAUUGUUGUCGGUUCACUCUUGGUGUUAACCACGCUAACAUGCCUCAUAAUAAUCAUGCAGAAUAGACUUUCUGUACCUCGUCCAUUUUCUCGACUUCAGCUACAAGAAGAUGAUGAUGAUCCUUUAAUUGGGUGACAAGUGUUAGGGCUUAUACAAAGUGUCUUUGAUUAAUCACAAAACUAAGAAUACACCCAAAGAAUAGUGUUGUAACUAUGAAAAAGAAUACUUUGAAAGACAAAGAACUUAGACUAAGCAUGUUAAAAUCAUUCUUUUGUUUUCCUUGUGUUUUGUUUUGGUUUAUUUGCUAAUAAGAUAACCCUGACCAUAGUAACAAUGUUAGUAAAUCAUUAGGUCACAUCUUCUGGUAGGAAAUCAUUAGGUAACAUCAACCCUAACUAGAAAUACUAAAAAUGGCUUGAGAAAAAUACUUCCUCUGCUUUUAUUUUGCAAUGAAGAUGUGAUACAUCUUUAAAUGAAAAUAUACCAAAAUUUAGUAGGCAUGUUUUUCUAAUAAAUUUAUAUAUUUGUAAAGAAAACAAUAGAAAUAUUUAUGCAAUUUGUGAAUUUUGUAUAUUAGGGAGGAAAAGUUUCCUAUAUUUUUAUAUUUACCUUUAAGUAGUUUGUAUUUCAAGUACCCUCUUGAGGUAGGAAAUGCUCUGUGUUGGUUAAUAAAGUUGGAGCAGACAGAAAAGAUAUAGCAAAUGAAGAAAUAUUUUAAGGAAACCUAUUUAAAAAAAACAACUGAGACCAUUUGAUAAAAGCCUGAGUUGUCACCAUUACAUCUUAAGCUGUUAGUCUUAAAGGUUAUAUCUUUUGAAGAUUGUUGUUAAUAAGAAAUUCAGAAGAAAAGAGAGACAAGUGCUUUUCUCUCUAUCUGUGCUUAAUGCCUUUAUAUAAAUUACUUAGUUGUUUGUGCGUGCCUGUGCAAGUGUGUUUGUGUGUAGUUGUGUGGACAUUAUGUGACUUACUAUAGAAGGAGGUCAGAGAUGGACUGUGGCCAGGCUUCCACAUUCCUGAAACACACAGAUCUCAGGAAAGGUUAUUUUUGCACUUCAUAUUUGUUUACUUUCUCCUAACUCACAAGUUAAAAUCAUAACUUAAUUUCAUUAACUUUUAUCUUUUAACUCUCUCAUGUUUGUUGUAACCUGAGGUAUCCAAAUGCUGCAGAAAAAUUUAUGACCCAAAUACAAAUCUCAAUUUGGGACAGAAUGAGGAAUGGAGAUUUUUAUAUUUAUCUUUGGGACUAUACCUUACAUUUUAGGCUAUAGAAUAGUUAAGAAAUUUUAAACAGAAUUUAGUAUCUUUGGUCUUUCACACCAUUCAUAUGUUAAGUCGCAGAAUAGCCUUAGUGCUACCUCCACUUUUUUCUCCAGUCUUUGCAUCACAGAAAUAAUCCCUCUGUUUAACGUUUGUUCAGAGCCAAGGGUUUAUUGUGAAGAACUGUCAUCCUGCUUUUGCUAGCUGGUACCUUCUAGUAAUCAAAAUUAAUAUGAAGAAACUAGGUUGUGACAGACUAGAUUAUAUUUAAUAGGGGAAGAAUUGGGCUCAAGAACCAUUCAUCAGUACAUGAGAUAAGCAGUUAAUAGUAUGAUCUGUAAAGUUUUGACAAUAUAAAAUAAACUUGGUAACUGUUUUACAAAUAUAAGAGUGUAAUAAAUAUGCAGCCCAGUUAAAUGUUGAUUAUCUAUGAUGGUAAAGAAGAACAGUGGUGCCAGUCAUCAAACAUACAAUGCAUCCUAUUGAGUCACUGCUAAUUUCUUGAGCCCGGUAUUUGCUGCCUGUUGUAUUUGGGGUUGUUGAGAGGCAUUUUCAAACCCUAUAUAAAUAAUCCAUGCUGUUGGUCAUAAAUUGACUGUAUUAAGAACAGUAAAAUAAAUGAAAUAAAAACCAAUAGUACUAAUUUUGCUUUAAAAAAUUUCCAAUUUUUUCACAUAAAACAGUAAUCCUAAAGGUUAAUAUUAAUAGUUGAUCUAAACGGAAUAAUAGAAAAGUUCUACUUUAAUUUCCGUUAAAAAGCGAAUAGCAUUGACACAUUUAAAGCUUUUCAUUUAAAGAAGUAGAUGUUUCUGAAGUAUCUAAAAUAGUAGCAGAAUAUUUUAUACUUGGUCCUUGCAAUGGUGUGAGUUUUAAUGAUUGCAUUAGCGUGAUUGGUGGUUAUCAGUUUCAGAAAUCUAUACUUGGCAUCCAACUCAUGAGUGGAUUUUAUAUAGGAUGGAAUACGAAGGGAUGUCCUGUCAGUAUCUUAACCCUUUCAACAAGAUAUUUACAUAUUUGUCUUUCCUUACAUUCUCAAAAUAUUGACUUGUAAAUUAAGCAAAAAUUUAAAAAGUAUAUGUUGAUGGAACAAAAAGAAUAGUAUUUAUUUAAUAAAACAUAUACAACUAUGUGUUGAUUCAUUUGUAUCUUUAAAAAAAUUAUCACUGUUAAAGCCAUUGACUCCUUUAGUACACUGAGAAAAUCUUACAGUAAAACUAGCCUUUUACAUUAAGGUUUUGGUGUGUAUUUUGUUAAAUAACUAAUAUACUGCUCUAUUUUCUGGGUGGUAGAAAGUAUUUGGCUCCAGGAAACAAUACCCCAAGGUAAUGGGAAAGGUUUUGAUUAAGUGUUUUUAAUUCAGUCAGUAAAUUCAGAAUAGGUAUAUUCAUGUAUAACAUAGGACAGUUCUGCUGCUGUUAUUUAUAUGCAGUUCUUCUGGUAAAUAGCAAUAGAAAAAAACUUUCAAUGUUUAUCUAUAGGUUUUGUAUUAUUAUUCCAUUAAGGUUUGGCUUAAGAAUUUAUAGAAUUCUUGGAACAUUAAAGGAUUAAAAUGUUUUUACAUUGUUCUUGGGUGUCUCCUCCUUGUGCCCGUAUCUGAUAAGCUUUAUGGAUGAUUGCAUUUAAUUCCUUUUAUUUGGAGGGUUUUACUUCCUUGUUAACACGUAAAGUUAUAAAUGAAGGACAAGGAGGAGAUGGAAAAUGUGUAUUUAUUGUCAAUUCUUAAAAUAGUGUGUAAAUAAAAUAACAUGAGUGUGCUUUAAAGAAAUGUGUUAUGUAGUGCCUUAAUUUAAAUUAAAAUAUUUUUGACUUACUUGAAUUCAGAAUUAAUGACUUUGUUCAUGAUUUUAAAAAUUUGUGUGAAUAAAAUCUACCAAAACA